AUGGACGCCAUGAACCUCCACUUUCUCUCUCUAACCCUGCUCUUUCUCCUCCACUUCGCAGCCUCCUUCACUCCCUCCGAUAACUACCUCAUCAACUGCGGCUCACCCUCCAACGCCUCCGUCUUCAACCGGGUCUUCUCGGCGGACCCUUACAAACCCGGAGCGGCGGGAUCCAUUACGCUCGCCGACCAGAACCCACCUCCCAGUUCGCCUGCCCUCUACCGCACGGCCAGAGUUUUCACCAGGGCUUCGAGCUACACCUUCAGCAUCAAGAAAUCCGGGACCCACUUGGUACGUUUUCACUUCUCGCCGUUUGUAGCUCAGGGUUUUGACUUGAAAGCUGCAAACUUUGGCGUUUCCGUUGAUGGGUUUGUUCUGUUGAGAGAAUUACAUGUUAGGGACUCUGUGAUUAGAGAGUUUGUGAUGAGAAUUGAUGCAAAUGUGGUUGAAAUUGUGUUUGCGCCUGUGGGCAAUUCUGGGUUUUGCUAUGUAAAUGCAAUUGAAGUUUUUACAGCUCCUGAGGAUCUUGUUCUUGAUUACGGUGCUAAAUUGGUGGGUGCGAAUGUUGUCGAAUACAAGAAUCUUUCUUCACAAGUUUUAGAGACCCUUUAUAGGAUUAAUGUUGGAGGUUCGAAAUUGACACCUUUUAAUGAUACUUUGUGGAGGGAUUGGGUCCCUGAUGUCGAUUAUCUUGUUCUGAAAUCGGCUGCGAAGCGCGCUUCCACCACGCAUACUCCGAAUUAUCAGAGGGGCGGUGCAACUCGAGAGAUUGCCCCGGAUAAUGUAUAUAUGACUGCCCAGGAGAUGAAUACGGAUAAGGCAAUUACAGGUGCAAGGUUUAAUCUCACAUGGAAAUUUCCCGUGAAUACGAAUUCCGGGCAUUUGGUUAGGUUGCACUUCUGUGACAUUGUUAGUCCUGCACUUAAUUUGUUGUACUUUAAUGUGUAUAUCAACGGGUAUGCUGCGUAUAGAGAUGUUGAUCUAUCCGUGCUGGCAACCAACGUGCUUGCAUCUCCUCUCUAUAUUGAUUUUGUUGUGGAUUCAGAUAGUUCGGGGAUGAUAGAAAUCAGUGUUGGUCCUUCUGAUCUGAGUGGUUCCAUGAGGAUUAAUGCUAUAUUGAAUGGGGCAGAGAUCAUGAGAAUGGUGAAUGCUUCCAAUUUACGGGCUGGAACUGGGCGUAAGAAGAGAAGUAUAUGGAUUUUGGUGGCCACAGUUGUUGGAGGCUUUGUUGUUCUCUGUUUUGCAAUUGGUGUAUUUCUGCUUGCUUUGAAACGCAGGAAGAAGAAACUGAAACCCCGACCUGCAGAAAGUGCGAUUUGGACACCUUUACGCGUAUAUGGAGGUAGUUCAAACAGUAGAACGUCUGAAAGGACUACACUUGUGUCUCCCGGCACAAAUGGAUAUCAUUUCCUGAAAAUAUCUUUUGCUGAAUUACAGUUGGCGACAAACAAUUUCGAUAAAAGUCUAAUUGUAGGCUCUGGUGGUUUUGGCAUGGUUUACAAAGGGGUGCUGAAGGACAACACAAAGGUUGCCGUGAAGAGAGGUGUGCCUGGAUCUCGGCAGGGCCUUCCAGAAUUCCAGACUGAAAUAACGGUUUUGUCCCAAAUUCGCCACCACCACCUUGUAUCACUUGUUGGGUAUUGUGAAGAACAGUCUGAAAUGAUCCUAGUUUAUGAAUACGUGGAAAAGGGGCCGUUGAAGAAACAUUUGUAUGGUUCUGGGUUUCCACCUUUAUCCUGGAAGCAACGGCUUGAAAUAUGCAUUGGAUCAGCGAGAGGUCUUCACUACCUUCAUACAGGUUUUGCUCAAGGAAUCAUCCACCGUGACAUUAAAUCAACUAACAUUUUGCUUGACGAGAAUUAUGUACCUAAGGUGGCUGAUUUUGGUCUUUCAAGAUCAGGUCCGUGUCUCAGUGAAACCCAUGUAAGUACCGCUGUUAAAGGUAGUUUCGGGUAUCUUGAUCCUGAGUAUUUCCGGAGGCAGCAGCUUACUGAUAAGUCAGAUGUGUAUUCAUUUGGGGUUGUGCUCUUUGAGGUUCUUUGCGCUAGACCUGCUGUGGAUCCCUCAGUUGAUAGGGAGCAAGUGAAUCUAGGUGAAUGGGCAUUGGAAUGGCAGAAGAAGGGCAUGCUCGAGAAAAUUAUCGAUCGCCAUCUUGUUGGGAAGAUCAAACCAAGCUCUUUGAAAAAGUUCGGAGAAACGGCAGAGAAAUGUUUGGCUGAAUAUGGUGCGGAUAGGCCAACCAUGGGUGAUGUAUUAUGGAAUUUAGAAUACGCGCUUCAGCUUCAGGAAUCUGGACCGUGUGGAGGACAGCCUCAAGACUGCGAUAUCAAUGUGCCUCCAACGAAUAGCAUCGUUCCUGGAGAUCCUUCUGCCAAUGUAAGAACAGAGGGAAAUGAUGGUAAUGGUAGUUCGGAGAUUAACACAAGCCUAGUUUUUUCUCAAUUGAUGACCAACGAUGGCAGAUAACUUCCGUGCUUGUGCACCAAUAUAUUGAUCAUAGUACCAUACAAGAAUUUUACAAGAUCACCUUACAACUACCACUGUGACAAGUCAUACAGGUAUACGUCUUUCUAAGGUUCUGCCUGCUUCCGCUGUUUAUUAUUUUCUCAUUUCUCUUACCACGAUUAUUAUACGCAACUUUGUAAUGAAUUUCUGAGCUGUAUCUUCCUCGCGUCGAGAUGUUGUAGUGUUUAUCUUUUUCUAUCGUACUGCUGUAUAAUGUAUGCAAGUGAAGGAACUACAGAAGCUGCUGAUGUUUGCUGACUGAAAUAAACAACAACAAAACCUUAUCUCACUAAGUGAGUCGUCGGAGUUUGCUGUCUGAAACGUAAGAAAUAAUGUAUUUGUUUCUAGCUGGCUAGCUAGCUGUUCUGCACUACAAUGUCUUCUGUGAUGCAUUAGGUUUGCUUGAGCAAAUACCAAGUACCAAUGUAUGGUGUGAGAGAGAUAGUGGAGGUUGUCUUUCCACUCAAAAUUGUGGUACCUUGCUCGUUGUCUUAGUCACCAUCAUUUCUAAUGUAAUAAAAUUGUCAUUUCUCUCUCA